GGGGGUAAAGGGGAGGAGGGAGUGAUGGUCACCAUACAUAUAAAAGGUCUUGCAAAGCAAUUUUAAGUCAGUAAGAUCAGUGACAAAACCAAGAACAAGAACGAUCGAGGCUUGAGAUCCCUCGAAAUACCAUCUGCAGCCCUUGCUGCCUCUCCCCCCUUCUCUCCCAAAAUAUUUUAGCAGGGAAAAGGAGAAAUAAACCAAUAUCUCAGCCAUGAGUGACGCAACAGCUGAGGAACCAAAGCCCAAAACUCCUGGAACCGAUCCAAGCACUGCUCCCCCUGUUCCAAGUGAAGUAGAGAGAAAAGUAUUGGGUGAGUUAAAAGCACGUGGAGCGCAACUCAUCUCAAACGAAAACAGCAUUUUCUAAAACAUUUGUCAAUUUCAUGCUGACUAACUGUUCUUUUUUUGGUGUCGUAUCAUCCUGCUCAGGAAUCUAGUCAUGUUCUAUUUUAGUUUCUGCUGAUUUCUACAUGUGUUCUUCUACUCACUGUCUUCGUUUUUAAUUCCAAACAUGUAUCUUAAUGUGUUAACAAUUGCCACGAUGAUUGUGGCACUUGCUUUGAUUGAUGUUCUAUUUUUCUUCACUGGGGUUUAUUCUCCAAACAGUGACUUGUGAUUGUGUGACAACAAAUUGUUCAAUUUUGAAUACUAUCCAAAUAGGGGAACAAAAUUACUCCAAGUAAGCGUGUAAGUCUCCCUUUGGAAGUUUUUUUGUUUGCCAACCAUUACAUGAGUAACUCCUACAGUUUAGAUUAUUAAGGACGUUUGAGUGCUUGAGUUUGUCCGGAAGAAUUCCUGCACUAAACUUGCAAUUCAAAUUGUUAAUUCUAUGUUUACCAGGAGUUAGGCAAACACCCUUAUAUCACAACUGUAAAGGUAAGUAAUUUGAUAUAAAGAGCUAAUGUUCUACGUUAUUUAUAAACCACCAGUAACCUAUAUGAAACAAAUCUAGUAACCUAUGGGGAAUGUUUUUAGAUUUUUUUUUAAAUAACAUCAUUAUUCUAAAAAUAAAAGCUAUAAAGAAAUUUAAAUGGACCUAAUAUACAAUAUUUUAAAAUAAAAUAUUGAAUUAAUGGGAAACUAUAGUGCCAGGAAAACAACGUUAUUUUACUGGCAUUAUAGCUCACUAUAGUGCCCCCCUUGGUGCAGAAGGGGUUACAAACCCCAUCUGUCACUUACCUGAAUCCAGCACCAAUGUUAGCCGCUGGGCGAGACCUAAUGCGCAUGUGCGGCAUCCAGCGUCACCCGAACCCCUAUAGGAAAGCAUUGUAUAAUGAUUUCCUAUUAGGGAGGUCGCAUUAAAGAUGAAAUCUAAAGACUCGUUUGUCUUAUGGUAAAUCUGAGGUUGACAAAAGACCUGGCCACUCUGCUGUUUACUUUUGUUUUAAUCUCAGCAGCUGUCACAAUUAACGUCUGUGAAUUCAUUCAUUGAUCUAUGGAGGCUGACCGGGGAUCCUCCAUAAAGCUCGGUGAUGUACUCUAGUGCAUGGGUAAGAGUACAGCUUUGACACUGCUCCUGAAAAUAAAACCAGGAGAUGAGGAGGAUGCAAAUUGUAUACCAUGAUGUGGGUAAUUUGUAAUCCUGGGCUGCCACAUGGUCUCAAAUGCAACAUAAGCCAAGCAAACCAACCUGGCAAAGUUCAAUGUGUAAAAAAUGAAAUGGGCAAGCACUAUAUUUGACCCUAUAACUUUCAAAAACCCCAUCAAAACUGUACAUGGGGGCAUCGUUGCACUUAUUGGACAGAAUUUGGAAAAUAAACUUUCUUAAUUUCCCACAGUUUUUUUUUUACUCAUAUUAAAUUAUGUUUAUUAUGCAAAUAUUUGAUGUGAAAUAAAAACCCUAUUUCUGCUAAACAAAUUAUAUAUAAUAAAUGUGGAUGCACUUAAAGGGAUACUAGAGUUCCAGGAAUACAAAGCUGUAUUCCUGCACUAUCUCUCCCCUCCCACCCACCCCCAGUAAACAAAGGGUUGAAAACCAUUUAUUUACUUACCUUUUCCCAGCGCCGAUUUCCGUUCCCCCCCCGAAUCCUGCGACGAGCCCAUUUGCCAUGCAUGCGCAUUAGACCGCAUUAGAAAAAUCUGACGCUGGAGGUUCUCAUGCAGAGCAUGAGGACGUCCAGCAUCAGAUACCGGAUCAAAGUUCCGUUAUAAUUCAGGAAGCACUCUAGUAAAUAUUGCAGUUUCUCUGGAGCUGCAAUGUUUAACAUUGCAGCACUAAGUGCAAGAGGGACACUGCACCCAGACUAAUUCAGUGAGGUGAAGUGGUCUGGGUGCCUACAGUGUCCCUUUAAGAUGAAGAAAGUCAAUGAUGGUUAAACAGACAUAGACAAACAAUAGACAGGAAUAUCAGGAGGAGUAGAAAAUAAUAUGUAGUAGGAGUUGGAGCCCAAAGUGGGCUUUAAAAAAGAUAGAAUAGAUAAUUGUACCUCAAAAAGUGAAAAUCCACCCUAGGGUGGAGUCCAUUAAAACUUAACUUUUAAUAAAUAUAAUACAAUACAGUAACUAAAACCUAACACCCAAAACUAUGUGCACUAUAUACAAUUAAUACAAAACAGCAUAGGAAGAUCUGGAGUUGGAAGAUUAUCUUCUAAACAGUGCCUUGUGGCAGCAGUUAGGCUCACUCCAAAUCCAAGUAUGAUAACUGAUACCUGAUGUCUCAAUGGACCAUCCUCGUAUGAUAUAAUAGCUUGGUUAGAAGGAGAGUCGUAACGUUGGCAUCGGAGCCUAAAGACUCGGUGGGAGGGAAGAUACCUUAUGGUAGAACUGUGCCUUCGAGGGCCCCCCUUAAACAAAAAACCUGAACUCCACUGUAUGGAAAAGAUACCACCCACCUCGACUACCUAAUCGCUACAUUAAAGUAAGAUUAGAUAUAAAGCCUAUCGAAUUACAAUGGGUGAUCGGAGACUUUAAGAUAGACGCACCGAGGCUUGGUUGGUAUAUGACUGCUCAUAUUCAAAUGGUUGACAUGUAGAUGAAGAACAUACAGAAAUCAGUCUGUGUAUAUAAGAUACAUUGUUCUUGUUCUAAAGUAUGUUUUAGUUGCAUAAUGUCCUAUUAUUAAGUCACCUAAAAGUUCUCAUAAACCUGUUAUAAAGUAAUAUGGUAAACACACAUAGAAAUUGAAUUAACCAGGGAACUGCAUAUUGUAGGCAAAGAUAGCUACCUAGGAAAUAUUGCCAUAAACAUGGCACCAGUAAUGGGACAAUGGAUUCUCAGAACAGCAGAAAAUUAAAUACCGGCUCACUAUGUUGAAAGCAGGACACACCAAAUAGCAGCAUGGGAACACAAUAUACUCUGGGGAUUUGGAGGCUGAUCACAAAGUAUGUCUGAGGCUAUAACUCAGUGGUACAUGAGACAGGCUAGAUAACCAGCCUCUUCUUCCUCAGUCUUACAAAGCUAUAGUAACGUGCCGUGUUCACACACUUUCUCCACCUGUUGGAUUAUAUCAAGCAUGAAUGAUAUUCAGAGACUGCUUUUCGUGCAGGGGAGCAGCACAACAAAGUCUGUUGCUUCUCCUAUAGCCAUCACUCUCACUUGCAUGUCCUUGUAUAAGACACCCUAUAUACCAGCUAUUUCUUGCUGAUCAUUCUCCCUUCAGGGAAAGUAGCAAAGGGCAAUCUACCUUAUAACCCCAGCUGCCAUAGGAACCACAAUGUUACCUGUCAGUUAAAGGAACACUACAGUGUCAGGAACACAAACAUAUUCAUGACAUUAUAGUGGUAAAAUAAUCCCCGGCCCCCUCUCUUUGUCGUAAAAAUGUGAGUUUCCUCACCUUUUCUCCCACACUAUGUCGGCCUGGCCCUACCUUCCUCCGCCUCCAUGGUUAACAUCAUAAAACGAUGAUCUCAGCCAAUCCAAUGUUUUCCCGUAGGAAAGCAUUGUGAGGCUAUUACGCAUAACGCCACACUGCUCCAAUCAGCAUCUCCUCAUAGAGAUGUAUUGAAUCAAUGCAUAACUAUGAAGAAUGUUCAGUGUCUCCAUACAGAACUAUAGUUGUUCUGUUGACUAUAGUGUCCCUUUAAAGGUGGUUUAGUACAAAAUGAAUGACCCUGCAUAACAGUUGAAAUAUUUCUUAUUACAGCAUGGCAUUACUACGGUUAUUUUCGUGGUAUCAAUGCUGUAUUUUAUCUUUAAUGUUAUUUCACUUUGAGCGUUGGAUAUGACGAGAUAUGAUUGUAAGCAGUUCUACUUAUUUUGCCUUUAGCUACCAAAGUCCAAGGAACUGUGAAAUGGUUCAACGUGAGAAAUGGCUAUGGAUUCAUAAACCGGUAAGUCUUUAUAUGGCCAUACUUUACAAGUUGCACGGUGAAUUUUCUAAGCCUUUUUAUAUUUGUUCUAAAUAUAUAUUUACUCUCUUGUUAAAACAUCACAAAUAAGGGGUUUUUAAUACACAUACAGGGAGUGCAGAAUUAUUAGGCAAGUUGUAUUUUUGAGGAUUAAUUUUAUUAUUGAACAACAACCAUGUUCUCAAUGAACCCAAAAAACUCAUUAAUAUCAAAGCUGAAUAUUUUUGGAAGUAGUUUUUAGUUUUGUUUUAGUUUUAGCUAUGUUAGGGGGAUAUCUGUGUGUGCAGGUGACUAUUACUGUGCAUAAUUAUUAGGCAACAACAAAAAACAAAUAUAUACCCAUUUCAAUUAUUUAUUAUUACCAGUGAAACCAAUAUAACAUCUCAACAUUCACAAAUAUACAUUUCUGACAUUCAAAAACAAAACAAAAACAAAUCAGUGACCAAUAUAGCCACCUUUCUUUGCAGGACACUCAAAAGCCUGCCAUCCAUGGAUUCUGUCAGUGUUUUGAUCUGUUCACCAUCAACAUUGCGUGCAGCAGCAACCACAGCCUCCCAGACACUGUUCAGAGAGGUGUACUGUUUUCCCUCCUUGUAAAUCUCACAUUUGAUGAUGGACCACAGGUUCUCAAUGGGGUUCAGAUCAGGUGAACAAGGAGGCCAUGUCAUUAGAUUUUCUUCUUUUAUACCCUUUUUUGCCAGCCACGCUGUGGAGUACUUGGACGCGUGUGAUGGAGCAUUGUCCUGCAUGAAAAUCAUGUUUUUCUUGAAGGAUGCAGACUUCUUCCUGUACCACUGCUUGAAGAAGGUGUCUUCCAGGAACUGGCAGUAGGACUGGGAGUUGAGCUUGACUCCAUCCUCAACCCGAAAAGGCCCCACAAGCUCAUCUUUGAUGAUGCCAGCCCAAACCAGUACUCCACCUCCACCUUGCUGGUGUCUGAGUCGGACUGGAGCUCUCUGCCCUUUACCAAUCCAGCCACGGGCCCAUCCAUCUGGCCCAUCAAGACUCACUCUCAUUUCAUCAGUCCAUAAAACCUUAGAAAAAUUAGUCUUGAGAUAUUUCUUGGCCCAGUCUUGACGUUUCAGCUUGUGUGUCUUGUUCAGUGGUGGUCGCCUUUCAAUCUUUCUUACCUUGGCCAUGUCUCUGAGUAUUGCACACUUUGUGCUUUUGGGCACUCCAGUGAUGUUGCAGCUCUGAAAUAUGGCCAAACUGGUGGCAAGUGGCAUCGUGGCAGCUGCACGCUUGACUUUCUCAGUUCAUGGGCAGUUAUUUUGCGCCUUGGUUUUUCCACACGCUUCUUGCGACCCUGUUGACUAUUUUGAAUGAAACGCUUGAUUGUUCGAUGAUCAUGCUUCAGAAGCUUUGCAAUUUUAAGAGUGCUGCAUCCCUCUGCAAGAUAUCUCACUAUUUUUGACUUUUCUGAACCUGUCAAGUCCUUCUUUUGACCCAUUUUGCCAAAGGAAAGGAAGUUGCCUAAUAAUUAUGCACACCUGAUAUAGGGUGUUGAUGUCAUUAGACCACACCCCUUCUCAUUACAGAGAUGCACAUCACCUAAUAUGCUUAAUUGGUAGUAGGCUUUCGAGCCUAUACAGCUUGGAGUAAGACAACAUGCAUAAAGAGGAUGAUGUGGUCAAAAUACUCAUUUGCCUAAUAAUUCUGCACUCCCUGUAUAUUUCCUUUUCACGAGUACGGUUUAGCAACAAAUUAGCAAUAAGUUGCAACUACAUAUUCUACAAGGACACAUAACUAUAGGUGUCCAUACAUAAUCAUUUUGGGGCUUUCCAUUCCUGUUAAAAAAAGGCAUUUGUCUCUCACCAUUACAAUCCAUUCUGAGAAAAAUUAUUUUAAGGGGAGAUCUAUCAGUGCUACGGACUAUGCUGGCGCUAUACAAAUCAUUUUUGCUGCUGACUUCAGCUUCAGGCAGACCCCUUCCGCAAUAGAAAGAGGCUCCUAUAGGAAGAGUUUAAUUCUGAUGGUCUGAUCUUUAUUUCAUAAACCUCUCUCCAACAGAGGUUUAUGAGAAAAUUAGUUCUCAAGCAGCAGUUUUACUUAUCACACAGGAAGAGUGGAACUGCUUUAUAAGCGGACAGCAGAAUAAUGCGGCUGCUACUAUUUUAUAAACAGUACAGUUUGUAGUUUUGUCAACUAAGCUUUGUGUAGCCCUCAUCAGAGCCAUGUGGUCGCACCUAAGUUCAAUCUCUAAGGAGGAGAGAGAGAUCAGUUCUACUUGAGUGUGCACAUAUCACAUGCACAAGUUGGAUUACAUUGAUAUUUAGAAGCCUGGAGUGGCAAAUUUGGUCUGUCUUGUAGAGGUUUUUACAAAAUGCUACAGUUUUAAGCUACUCUCAUAGAUGACAAUGUGGCAGGGUGGUCUGUAAAGUAAUGUGUUGUGGUACUUGGUAAAAUUAAACAAAUGUGUUGUUUUUUUUCCCCAUCCUAUUCCUUUCGUAUUUCUCAGGCACCACAACUGUACCUCUUAAAGGCACACUAUAGGCACCUAAAUCACUUUAACUCAUUGAAGUGGUCUGGGUGCCGUGUCCCUGUAAUUGUAACUGUUCAGGAGGUCAUCCUUUGCAGGGGGUUCUUAAAGGAACACUAUAGUCACCUAAAUUACUUUAGCUAAAUAAAGCAGUUGUAGUGUAUAGUUCAUUCCCCUGCAAUUUCACUGCUCAAUUCACUGUCAUUUAGUUGUUAUGUUAUACAGUCCACAUACAGUAAAUACUGGUUCCUGCCAGAAAUCAUAUAUCUGUAUAUCAUGCAAUAUAAUAGGUUAUUAUUGCAGCCUACACUCAUGCCCAGAUGUGCGUUUAUGGCCCUAUAUCAUCCAUGUCUUUUGUAUUCUGUUCAGGAAUGAAUAAUUGAGUUAAUAAUUCUUCAUUAACAACAGAAAAAGACUAUUAAUUUUACAUUGCGUGGGUCUGACUAUUCUAUUUCUUUGUUUGUUUACAUGCACCCUCUUGUUAUCAUUUUAGGAAUGACACCAAAGAAGAUGUGUUUGUACACCAGGUGAGUGAAUUAACAGGGUUGCAAGUUGAUCCAUUGCACGGACAUAUUUAUUUCAAUGUUUAAUGAUAUAAACAUAGAACUCUUUGGGGUGUUCAGUAUCGUUUUAACUUUAUGUUUUUAGAACAUUAUAAAUUUGGGAGAUACUUGCAAUGUAUCUGUAAAACAAAGUAAACCAUCAAACAAAAAAAACAAAAAAGUAUGCAAACUAUAAAAAAACAGUAUGGCGACCAUGCAAGCACCAGGUGCACUAUGGUUAAGGAAAUGAUUGAUUUAUCAUUCCUGGCAUAAAAUAUUCCCUGCCACUUCUUGCUGCACAUCCAAAGGUAUUAGAAACGAUCAACUAAAAUAGAAAACUCAUCACUAGCCAGAUCUGUCGGACUGUAACUUGAGAGGGGAACUUACACUGACCCGUGAAAGAAGUCAUUUUUUGGGUUAACGGAACACACGGGUUAUGCUUGCAUAAUAAAAGCAUGUUUCCUAAACAGUGAGGAAACACAGAACACUCUUCAGUCACAUUUCAUUCUAAUAAAGGAAUAUUAAAAUUCAAACUGCCUACUUCAGGGGAACAUUAGCUGGAAAGUUGACAUAUUUCGCUGUAUGGAGUGGAGUGAAAGGAAACAUAGAGCUGUUGGAUAAACUCCAAAGUGUGUUUAGCAUUCUGUGCCUUGAAUGGCAUUGUGCCUGCCUACCACUGCUGCUGUCCUAUGAUCAUGUUCAACACCUGUCCCCAUCUCACACACUGUCUAACAUUGCAGAUCUGCUGAUCAAGUGAAGCUUGUGGCUUUAACUGAAGUGAGACUAUAGCAUAGUGCUGAUAACAUGUAAUGAAUGCCAGUAUAACAUAAGUAAUACGCAGAGGUUAUAGCCAUUUUAUAAUAAAAGAAAUUCUAUAAUUUUAUUGAUUUUUAUGGUAUAAUUAAAAAAAAAAAUACAGUGAAUCUGCAUAAUUACCCACGCAUAAAUGGUCAUAAAUGAAAAUCCAAAAAGGAAAGAGAAACAGGUGGAGGGAAAAAGAAGCCUUAAUAGCCUAAUUUUGAGGAUAUUAUUUAUGGAGUAAAAUAGCAAUUGGUUUAAAUGUACUGAUAUUUGUAACAGUGCAUUAAAAACUCCUGCUGGUUGAAUGGAAGCUGGAUGACAUUCCGCUUCUACAGAGCACACAAGACAGAGGUCAAUGUUACCAUUCAUUCAUUCAUUCAUUCAAUGCUUUUAGACAAUGAAUGAGCACCUGUGCAAAAAAUAUGGACACAGUUAACAUUAGCCAGCCCUUGUUCCUCACUAGCUAUGAAAAGGUUGCCUUUCUCUGCUCUAGGUGCUGUCAUGCAUUUUUUUUACAUUGCUGUAUUUCUCAUUUGCCAUAUAAUUUCUGUAAAUCUUCAAUGUGUCAAUAAGAGUAAAGCCAUCAUUGUUUUGUGUACAUUCAGCUUUAUCACAUUCUGGGGUGAUUUAUGAAAGUGUUCUGUUCUAAAAAUGUGAUCUUAAAGGCAGACAGCUCACUUUAUCUCAUUGAAACGUCUGGGUGCAAUGUCCCUGUCCACCCUAGCCCUGCAAUGUAAAACAAUGUAGUGCUUUGCAUGAGUACUUUCAGCGUCUGGAAAUCCACCAUAGGAAAGCAUUGAGUCAAUGCUUUCCAAUGGGGCAGGCCUGAGCGCGCAGCUCGCUAAGCAUGCGCACGCACUAGGUUGCCUCUCAUUGUUGACGUCAGAGGAGGUAAAGUCAGAGCCAGCGCCAAGGGACUUUAGUGUUGGAUAAAGGUGAGUGAAAAAAAGGUUUAUUUAACCCUUUCAGUGCUGCAGGGGUGGUGUGGGGGACUGCGAGGGAGGGGAGGCAUAGAAAUACUUUAGUGUUAGGAAUACAGUUUUGUAGUCUUACAACUAAAUAUUAACAUGCUUUGUAUUUGCCAUGCUGUGAUCUUUUUAUUGGCAGACAGCGAUAAAAAAAAACAAUCCACGCAAAUACCUGCGGAGCGUAGGGGAUGGAGAGGUGGUGGAGUUUGACGUAGUUGCUGGGGAAAAGGUAAGAAGCCAUAUCACCAUUUUCUACCUAAUAUCAAUUUUGAUCUCCUUUCGAAGUAUAAUGGUUUCAAACAGGAAGUUCAUAUUACAGUACUUAGGGAGAUUAAUCUCUUAAAUGAACACUCGAGGCACUAUAACAAAUUUAAACCGUUUUUGAACAGUAAGAUUCCAAACCUAGGUUCUUACUCCCCAUUCACAAAGUAGAGUAAAAAAAGAACGUAUAUAUUUGUCUCACUCCAUUUUGUCAAUUGAGAGCUAAUGAUAGAUUGAAAGUAUCAGCUGACGUUUUCAAACUAUCAGUGAUUUCCAGUCUGAGGCUUCCUGACUCAAGGUCUCAGACAACAGUCGCUGGGUAGAGCUGACAGGCAUCGGAUUCAAGACUUUGGGGUUAAACUAUUUGUUAACUGUUUAAACAUCUUUGUUCCAAUUAAGUUGUUAUGGUGCCUGGAGUGAUCCCUCAAGCAAAAAUAAAAUUAAUGCUAAUUCAGUUCAGCUAUAGAUCUUUUUCACAAUUUUAAUUUUGGUCUAACGUUUUCAAGACUCUUGUCAACUCAUCUCAACUUUCAAUUUAGUGAAUGAAUAGAAUUAAACCUGGUUUGUUAAUUAUGGAAGGAAGAUGUACUUAAAUUUGUUAUGUUGCUAUAAUGAAAACAUCCAAUUUCAAAUUUCAUAUUAAUUUUCUAUAUCCUGUUAUGGGUGUAACAUUAUUAUUAAUGUAAGGUAACCAGACCAUAUUCUUUUUCAAACGUGACUUGUAGUCACAAUAUUAAUAUUGGCACAUGUGGAUGAGGAAUAGUAUGUCAUUUUUUUUCAUAAGAGGCUUAUCAAGAUUAUUUACUAAAGUGAAAAUUGUGGGUAAUUCACAAUUGCUGAACUGGAAUAAUAGCGGACUUGGAGAAUUCAGCUAUUUUGGCCUUCAAUUUUAUAUUUAAUUUUGAAAUCUCACAAUUCCCACUUCAGUAUAGAACCCUGUAUAAGCAUGAAUAAGUAAUAUUCUUAACUAAAACCUUUGUUUUCAGGGUGCUGAAGCGGCUAAUGUGACUGGCCCAAAAGGUGCACCAGUCGAAGGUAGUCGUUAUGCUGCAGACCGACGCAGAUAUCGCCGUGGUUACUAUGGGCGCAGGAGAGGACUACCAAGGGAGGUAAGUAAGAGUUAGUGAAUUCCAGCACAUAUUUUAUCUUGGCUGUUUUUUUUUUUUUAUUGUACUGCAUUGAUUGUUAUUUUAAUAUUGUGGUCCCUGAGGAAGUCCAAUACUUUAUAGAAGGGACGAAACGCGUACGACCUCUAUUUGUAUUUAUUUUAUAUUUUUAUACAAUAAAAAGCCGCUUUUUUCAUACCUUGACCCGGAGUCCUGCAUUUUGAGUGGAAGUGUCCAGGGGAUUCCCCCAGCCCCCCAUAUCAUCAGGGGUGGCACCAUAUAUGCCUGAACUGUCCAAGAUCCUGUGAGUGCAUUUCAUAUUGCGCAGUGUUAAUAUUGUAAAACUGUAUUACACUAUACCUCUUUUUAUUUAUACAUAUUUUAUCUUACAUGGAGCUCAAUAGCUUUGACAGUUCAUGCUUCUAAUUUUGACGUAAUUUUUUUCGUAAUCAAUAAUUUAGAUGCAUAGAAUCUUCAUAGGCCCAAGCUAUUAAUAUACUGACACAUGCAUACACUUAAAAAAAAAAAAGUAAAAAAAGGAUAUCUAAGAAAAGUCUCAUUAUAUUUUUUUUCAGUGUGUGAAAGACACUGGGGUUAGGAUGGAUCUUGCAGAACAAUACUUGGGGGAAAUGACUAUAGUUGACCACUUGGGAUAUCUGCAAACCUAGAGCAAUCAGCCAAAAAAACAGACUUGUGCAGUUUGUUUUGGAAUAAGUCAAAUUUAAUCUGAGAUUUGGUUGAUUCUGAAGCAUCUGAAUUUCCAAAUUGCUGCAACAUAAAACCAAUAUUAAUGGUUUUAUAUCUAAUCAUAUUAAUUUGGAUCCAUUUGUUUUGAUAAAGACAGCAAAUUAAGGAGUUAUCUACUAAACAUGGAGGAGAGCAAAAUAAAGGAUAAGGGUUUCUUAAUUUUGAUCUUUCCAUUGUUUAGCAGACAGCUCAUUAAUUUUGGUUCCUUAAAUCUCACUUUCCGACAUAAGGUAAGAAAAUUAGGGAGCUCUCUAUUAGACUGCUGAAAGAUCAAAAUUAAGAAUAGGGCUUUUCUUAAGAUUGAUCUCUCAGUAGUUUAGCAGAUAACUCCCUAAAUUGGUACUUUGCAAUUUUGUGACUGUCACCUUCAUUCAUUUCAUACAGACAACAAGGGUCCGAAUUUCAAAAAUGAACAAUAUUUUCAGAUGAAUAUCAGUUCAUCCAAAAAAUAUUUUCCAAAUUUCGGAGAAACCAAGAUUCAAAAAACGACGAAUGGAUACAAUGGCCCUACAAAAAUAUGACUCCUGGGGGUUUCUGGGGGGAAAAAAUAUUUUUUUGCUACAAUUCUUUUCAGAAUAGUUUUAACAAACAAAACGGAAUUAAAAAAUAAAUUUUACAGUAUAAGGAUAGAACACUCAGAAUGUCCAUACAAUGACAAUGGGAUAUCUGAAUACAUGUUCCAGUUUGACAUAAAGGAACAGCUACCAUCAAUCAACAAAAACUAUGUAUGUGUGAUAGUGACAGUUCCACUAUUUUAACUCUCUCCAGUCUUGCCUUGUUAGUUAAGUGUAGGAGGAGACUAGACCAGAACAGCUGCUCCUGUUCAAAGUCUAAAUUUGGCUUCAGAAUUUCAUACUCUGUGAGAGAGAGACAGAUGCCGGGGAUUAUAAAAAAAAAGGAGGAGACUUCAAGUAAGAUGAACAGCUCAAAUGACAAGAUCACAUAAAGUAGACCAAGAUCUAAUAAUGACUCGUCAAGUUUUAAAGACUGGGCAGUAUAAGAUGAUGCAUUUAACAUUUCCAUAAACAGUUUUAUAUCUGUUUUUUUUCUUACAUACAAAUGGAGAGCCUGCAUAUUGCAUGAUGACAUUUGUAAAGAAAUAUUGUUUAAAAUAGCAUCACAAAAUAAAUAUUUACAUAUAUAAGAAAUGGAUGGAGGACAAAGAUGCCUAAGGAUCCAAAACAAAAUAAAUUAAUCAGAGGAUGGCCAGUGACCCAUUUACUUACCCCAAAUAAAAGUGAUGGUCUAGAGCAGGUAUAGGCAACCUUCGGCACUCCAGAUAUUGUGGACUACAUCCCUCGUAAUGCUCUUACACCAUUAAGGCUGGCAAAGCAUCAUGGAAGGUGUAGUCCAAAACAUCUGGAGUGCCGAAGGUUGCCUAUGUCUAGUCUAGAGAGUACAAAGUACUUGUUAUUUGUGGCAUCUCAUUUCCACCCGUCUACCAAGGCAUUGGCGAACGUGAUAAAUGUUUAGGGCUUUUGUUCCCCCACAAAUCUACAUAUUUCAAUUUAUCAAAAUUCUGCAGUUUGUUACUAUUAAGGUGCUUUAUUAGAACUAUAUCAUGACUCUUGUUUGAUGAAAAUACCAUAUUAAACAAAUGUUAGACAUGUUUUACUACUUUAUGAAGAUACACAACAAUUGAAAUGAUAACAGGCCAACUUUGAUAUAUUUUAAAAAUGGCUACAUUAAAGGAACACUAUAGGGUCAGGAACCCAAACAUGUAUUCCUGACCCUAUACUGUUAAAAUCACUAUCUAGCCCCCCUGGCCCACCCUUACACUCCUAAAUAUAGUAACAUUUUACCUUUAUUCUAGUCUGCUGGUGUUGGCUCUGCCCCUGAUCUGUCUCUUUGGCUGGCAUCAUAGAAAGUGAUGAUUUCAGCCAAAAACAAUGCUUUCCCAAAGGAAAGCAUUGGAUUGGCUGAGAUUGUCAAUUCUGAUGAUCUCAGCCAAGGACGGGCUGGGGGGAGAGCCAAAUGCCACCCUGGCCAAUCAGCAUCUCCCCAUAGAGAUGCAUUGAAGCAGUGCAUCUCUAUGAUAAAAGCUCAGUGUCUCCAUACGAUUUGUUAAUUAAAGUAAUAUUUAACCACUAAACCUAAUCAGAGCACCUGCUUACUACAUGUCAUUAAUACCAGCUGCCAAAAUACACUAAAAUGCAAGACUGGGCAGCUUGCAAGCACACUCAAAUGCAGUUUAACAUACAGUGUACACUAUCAACUUGUUUGUGGAUCUAAAAGUGUUAAUUUCUGAAAUUAUAUUUUGCUACAGAGAGAAGGUGAAGUGAAAGAAGGAUUACCCGAAGCUGUUCAAACCCAGCAACCCAUGCGUCAGUCGGCUAACUACCGUCCAAGAUACCGCCGGUAGGUGUCUGUCUGUAGAAAAUCCAAUGCACAUGAGCAUGUCAUUAUAUAGGUCCCUGUCCACAAUAUAAUUUCAUAAUCAUCAUAUUAAUUGUUUCCCUAUUCAAAAUGUGUUUAUUACCGACACUUUAUUGGUUGAUAUAGAUUUUUAUGGUAUUAUAGUUUUUUUAAGUAUAAAUAUAUUAAGUAUUAUUUUUGAGAUUCAGCUCACUUUUUGUAUCACAUACAUCAGUGUUGUCCAGCAUUUUGCCAUAGAUGGCCGCAUACCAUUCUAAACUUUAGGUUAGGAGUUUGCAAAAUAGUCAGGACCUAAAAUUAAGACCUCAUUAAUAUCAAACUGCUGAAAGCCUUCUUUAGGGCAAAUGAGACCCUACAGACACUAGGAAGAGUAGAAUUAUUAUUAUUUUGUUUUAUACAUGUUGUAUAUAUUUCAUAAAAUUGGCAGAAUGGGCCACAGAUGUAAUUUUUUAAUUGAGGAAUGAGUUGGCAAUCUAAUGACUUUCACAUAAUUUGGCCAGUAUGAAAAAUAGUUUUUUUAAAUGCAGAUUGGUAAAAAGAUAUAUGGACCACAAGUCACACCUAAUAAAAACUAUGCCAUUAUAGAGAGGAUACUGAAUGUAAAAAAACAUAUGUAUAGCAUCAUAAUACUUAUUUUGUACUCCUUCUUGGGGUAGACCUAUGAAUCAAACCAGACCACUUCCACCAACUGGUGAGAUUGAGAACAAGGAAAACCAGUUUGAGUCAGUGGCUCCAGACCAGCAACAAAAUCGCCGUGGCUUCAGAAGACCAUACAACUACCGGCGUCGACCCAACCAACCAAGUGGUCCACCACAGGGGAACAAGGAGUCAACCAAGGUAAUGUCUGCACACAUUAUGAGUAACUAUUAGUAGUAGUAAUAUAGUUUUGGGACAACUUUAACAUAACUGGCAGACAGUCCCAUAUUGUUUGUGAGCAGUACGAACUAAAUAUGAAUAUAGUAAACACAAAUAGGCAGCAAUAACAGCUUCAAUUUGUACUGCUGUUAGAAGCACACAUAUUGAGAGAAAGAUAAAACAGACUCACUUGAAACCAAGAACAGAAGAUAAACAAUACAAAGUUAUCAUAAAAGGAAAGUAAAACACAAUGCAAAUAAAUGAAAAUAAACCAGGCAGAUACAGUGAAAAGCACAAGCCAGGGGUAUUAUUAUUAUUGUUAUUGGCAUUUAUAUAGUGCCAACAAAUCCCAUAGUGCUUUACAAUAGUACAACAGGGGGAGGUUUAACAAUAAAUGAGACAAUUACAAAAACUUACAGGAACAAUAGGUUGAAGAGGACCCUGAUCAAACGAGCUUACAGUCUAGAGUUCUAUGAAAAAGAAAACUUUUUUUUUUUUACUGAAAAUAUAUUAACGUUUACCUCAAAGCUACACGUGUGACUUGUAUAUUAGCUAUUCGAGUUGGAAUAACAUGGCUUUUCUAUGCUUUGUAGUUGGCUGAAACCCCAGCAGAGAAGCCUGUGCCAGUGGGUGAGAAAAGCAAUGCUGUGUAAUCUGAGUGACCUGGUCUUCCAUCAUGUAAGUGAGACAAUCGGCUACAAUUACAAAAACUGAAGUUGUUCUGUGCCUUUGUCCAAUUAAUUUCAGGACCAGACAGUUCAGGGACUGCUAAACAACUGAGAUGAUGAUCAAUCGCUUAACCAGAACACAAUAGCUUGGAAACUGAGAGUAGUUAAAAAUGUCUGGCCACCGAUUUUAACGUAUUACUAGUCUUUAUAUCUGUCCCUAUGUUUUCAGACUCUCCAUAUAAUAUAUUUUUUAUCUGUUAUUUAUAUAGCAGCCAUAUAUUCAGCAGUGCUGUACAAUAGAGGGAAUACAGACAAAUAGUAAACAUAUACUGAUACAAAGGGAACAAAGGAUCUUGCAUGUGAGCUCACACUCAAAAACAGUAACAUUUAUACAAAAUGCUUAGCAAGAUCAUUUGUGAGCUUACAUUCUGAAGCAUAUAGGUCAAAUUGAAGAGGUUUCUACGAGCCCGUUAAAUUUUUAUUAUAAAUGUAAUAUGCUUCUUCCACAUCCUUUCCAUAAUAUAUAUAUAUAUAUAUAUAUAUAUAAAAUAGAUACAGAUAUUUGCCCCCACAUAUGUAGUUUCAAAUAUAGUACAUAUUAUUAAGUGACACCAGUUCAUUAACGUCACACGAGUUAUAAGAGUUAUUAUUCUAUAGAGGGGCAAAGGUUUAAAAAUAUGAAAUAAUAUCAGGAAGUAUUACUUUACUGAGAGGGUAGUGGAUGCAUGGAAUAGCCUUUCAGCUGAAGUGGUAGAGGUUAACACAGUGAGGGAGUUUAAGCAUGUAUGAGAUAGGCAUAACGCUAUCCUAGACUUAAGAUAAGGCCAGGGACUAAUUAAAAGUAUUUUGAAAUAUUGGGCAGACUAGAUGGGCCGAAUGGUUCUUAUCUGCCGUCACAUUCUAUGUUUCUAUGUUUAUCUUUUUAUUUUUGUAUAUUUAAUUUUUUUAAAAAUCUGUAUAUUUAUGGCCUCUGUAAGAAGUAUUGCUAUAUAGGGUUUUUUAAAUAGCAAGCAGAAUAGUAUAUACAACCAAAUUGUUUUCAGCUGUCUGAAAUGGCAAUUUAUGAAUAAAGUAGUGUUUAAAAUGUCUUACUGUUAGAUUGAUUAAAUCCAUCUUGGGGCUUGCAUUAGAAUGUCACUGUAGAAGAGAGGUAUCAUACUAUCAUAGUAAAAGUAGAUUUGCCUUGGCUGUAAUUUUUCACAAGGCAGGAACACAUAAAUUCUGCAUUCCGUCAGGCAAAACAUAAAUGCAGCCUAUGGAGAUUCAGCAGAGAUCCCUCAUAAAAAGGCAACAUUUCAACUAAGAUCAAGCCAUGCACUCGUUUGAAACGUAGCUAUUUAAUGAUGUUAAAAUAAAGGCAUAACAGCUUCGCUAAGAUAAGGUGUACUGGAUCUUUUGACGUUAGUAUCAGUGAUAUUGCCAGUCAUUUGAGUGGGACUGGAGAUCUGUGGAUCCAAAUUUGAAUUGAGGUGGGUGUUAUUUAUUUACAUUAAAGUAUUAAUUAUUUAUAUUAAAAUGCAACGUGACAGCAUGUUGCCACGGUGACAUUAAUUAAUUGGAGUUGAAUACUUGCCACAAUGAAGUCACUGAUUUAACAUAUGGAAUCCACAAAACCCCAGACAGCACUUCCAACCCCUGCUGCCAGAAUGCAGAACUCAUAAACAUUCUUCAAAAACAAUGACAGAACCAUCAUAAUUCAAAACCAUUUAAAAUGAGGUUUACACUAAUUCUUAUCAAACAUCGCUAAUGUACUGAUAUUAUUGUUUCCUUUGCAGGCAUAAUGUGAGCUGAGAAAGGAUGGACAUCAAGACAGGGCCACAAACUUUUACUACUUUUUGAAAAUGCUACAGUUGCCAAUUAAUUGGGAGAGAUGACAGAUACAUCUCCUAUGCUCCUCAGUUUGGAUUUCUCAACAAAAGUACACUCAUAUUUUGUGUCCAUGCAUGCAAAUGUCAGGGGCAAAUUCGGGUAUGUAUUAAAACUGAAUCUAUGCAUUGUGCUAGUGAAGUUGCUAGCAAAAUGAUAGAUUUAAAAUUUUACUUACCUGAAGUCUGCUUCCUCUUAGGCAUGCUGUAUUUGUGUACUCUUACAAUGCUGUGCAUAGCAUCCUACAUUAUUUUGUGUGCAACGGUGUGAGAGACAUUGUCCAAUACUGAUAUUUAUAUUUAAUAAAUAAAUUUCUGCGCAAAAACAGUAAGGGAAAGACCAACUAAAUAUUGCUCUAAUACAGGAAAAACCAACCAGACAAUACUUUUGAAAAAUUAAGUUAAGCCCUUAAGGACCAAACUUCUGGAAUAAAAGGGAAUCAUGACAUGUCACACAUGUCGUGUGUCCUUAAGGGGUUCAAAUAGAAAAUAUAUAUAUAUAUAUAUAUAUAUAUAUAUAUAAAACAGUAUGAUGAUAGCCGGAGUCAAUAGAUUUAAUCCUUAAAUAUUAUUUAGUGUAUCCAGUAGCACUGAAAACACAUUGCAGCAGAAGUGAUGUGUCUAGAUACUAAAACAUAAUCAAGACAGACCACAAAACACCGGUUUGGUGAUUGUAGUUUCUCCACUUACAGAUAAAACAGAUAAGAGGUGAUUCUAUUUGACCUAUAAAAUUAAUAUAGGUACCACAGUGCACUGCUCACUGUAUAUCAUUUGUUUUUGCAUGCAAUGAAUUAAAAACUUACAGGAUCAAUGGUAGAGCUCAUAUCAGGAGACAUUCAUUUAAUUAAUUAUUGCAUGCAAAAAAGGUUAUAAACAGUGAGCACUACGGCACCUAUAUUGUUUUUAUAGAUCUCAUCUGCUUUAUGUAUACAAUUGAAGAAAGUACAAUCACCACAUCGGUGUUUUGUGGUCUGUGUUCAUUUUGUUUUGCCGUUUGGACACAUCACUGCUGCUGCUUUCAGUAUAACUGGAUACACUAUAUAAUAUUUAGCCAUUAUGUCUUAAUCUUUUGACUCCAGGUUAUCACCAUAUCAUUUUUUUUAAUGUCAUUGGUGUUGUUUUGUCAAAUCCUGCACUCACCCUGGUGAGGAUGCACAGAUACAUGCACACUGGCUGCAAGUGUCAUGGCAUGAUAUGAACAUGAAGAUUCCAAAAAAAUGAACAACACAGCAACCAUCAAAAUGUAAAGUGUAAUAAUUAUAUUGCAUUGCAGUCAUGUCUGGUAAUAUGUCAACAUUGAUUCUUUGCAUUGUAAAAAAGCACAUGUAUACGAAAAAUAUCAGAAUUUUUGGAAAAACUAAAAAGGUAUUUCUUGCUACUGGAACAUGAGUCAGUCGCCCUUAAAGCAGAUUGUUAUAUGGGUUAUUUUUUUCCCAUCACUAAAUUUCACCAGAGUGAAAAAAUCUCUCCCCUUUUUGCUGUUGCAUAUCUGAUGACAUCAUGGCCCAAUUACCGACCCUGGUUCACAGAUACAAAAUUGUCAUGUUUGCUUUUUUCAUAAAUAUAAUCCACAGAUGCUUUUGGAAAAAAAAAAAAACAAUAGAUGUGAAAGAACAUAAACGUCUGAAACAAAGGUUAUGUGUUUGUGUUUCAUUUACAAGUGUGCAACACCUAUAUAUCCGCCACAGCACCCAACAG